GCAAUUGUUGACGUAGCACCCACUGACAUCCCAACGAUAUACUUAUGGCAAACCGUCUCGCACAGGUGUCUGGUCACCUCAGCAAUGCACAUGGACGUGGGCUUCUCUCAGGAGAGGUAGCUAUCAUCACUGGUGGCGGACAGGGUAUCGGGCGCAGCGCAGCGCUGCUGUUUGCAAAGGAAGGUGCCAGGGUUGUGGUUAGCGAUAUUGACGCCAAUAAGGCUGCGGCUGUAGUGGACGAGAUCAAGGCUGCAGGUGGCGACGCAAUAUCUGUCGCGGGAGAUGUCGGCGCAGACGACUUCCCACAAAAAAUCGUGGACGCAACUGUAAAGCAGUAUGGCAAGAUCAAUCACAUCGUGAACAACGCUGGUUUCACACACGACAAGAUGAUUCACACCAUGCCGGACGAGACGUACGACAUCAUCAUGAAAAUCCACGUCCGUGCACCAUUCCGCCUCAUUCGUGCUGCUGCACCUUAUUUCCGAGUCAAGAGCAAUCCGGCGGAAAAUCGUUCUAUCGUUAACGUCUCUUCGACUUCCGGUCUGCAUGGAAAUGUUGGCCAAGCAAAUUAUGCUGCUGCAAAGUCUGCAGUUGUAGGUCUCACUAAGACUAUUGCAAAGGAGUGGGGACCAUUUGGUGUUCGUGCGAAUACCAUUGCAUAUGGCCUCGUGCACACUCGGUUGACCGCGGCAAAAGAGGACGGUGCAACUAUUGAGAUUGACGGCCAAAAGGUUGCACUGGGCAUUCCUGGAGCAAAGCAGCGCGCUGCUGCUCAGAACGUUAAUGCUUUUGUGGAUAUUCCUCUACAAAGAGGUGCUACCCCUGAUGAGGCAGCCGCAGGGAUGCUUUUCCUUGCCUCACCGCUUGCGUCAUACGUGACUGGCCAUACGCUGGAGGUAACGGGCGGACGAGGAAUCUAAUGUCGCAUUUUUAUUUCAUGGCCAACUAUCUGCUAUGCAGUCAUGAUUAUCCAACAUUUUUUCAUUGCUAG